AUGGCUGAAGAGAAGUUAACCAAGAAGCAAAGGAAGGCCUUAGAGUUCCGUAAGAGUAAAGAAGAAACCGAGGAACUUAAGAAGGAAAAGGAAGAAACUAAAAAGAGAAAGCUUGAAGAAGCUGAAAAGCCUAAAGAAGCUGCAGUUUCACUUGAUGAAAAUGGAGAACCAAAGAAGAAAAGAAAGACCAGAAGAGGUAAGAAGGGUAAAGGUGUUAACGGGGGUAAAGGUCCUAGAUUUAUUCUUUUUGUCGGUAAUUUGCCAUAUGAUGUGACUGAGGAAGAAUUAUUGAAGCAUUUCAAGAACUCUAAGCCAAGUAGAACUAGAAUAAGACAAGAUAAAGGGAUUGCAUUUUUAGAAUUUGAUAAUGAUUCAAAGGAAAUUCAAAGUCAAAUGGAAUUAGCUUUAAGAUUGCAUCAUUCUACGUUGAAGAAUAGAAAGAUUAAUGUUGAAUUGACUGUUGGAGGUGGAGGUAAUUCUGAAAAUAGAGUCAACAAGUUGAAGGAAAAGAAUGAAAAGUUAUUGGAUGAAAGAAGAACCAGAAUUAAAGAAGAAGCAUCCAAGGAUAGAAAGAAGGUUGUUCCAAGUGGUAUGCAUCCUUCCAGAGCUGCAUUGAUGGAUUAA